ACCCCUGAUAAAUGGAACCACCUUUGAGUCAACUUCGGUCACGACUGGGAGAAAAAACACACACCUGUGCUACGAGGUGGAGGUCCGGGAGGGCGACGCCUGGGUCCCAGGGAAGGAGCUCCAGGGCUUCCUGCGCAACCAGGUACUCCGUCAUGCAGAGUUGUGCUUCCUGGAACGGUUCGGUUCUUGGCAACUGGAUGAGGGGAAGCAGUACAGACUCACCUGCUACAUCAACUGGAGCCCCUGCCCUAACUGUGCCCAGAUACUGGUGGAAUUCCUGGGAGAGAACAGACACGUGAGCCUGCGCAUCUUCGCUGCUCGCAUCUAUAAAAAAUCCGAUGGAUAUAAGAACAUCUAUACCAAACCUUAUACAUAUGAGGAUGGGCUGCGCAAGCUGCGGGACGCUGGGGCCCAACUCGCCAUCAUGACCCGCGACGGUCAGCAGGGACUCCUGAGGGUGGGAGGUGGGCGGGCAGAGAGGCUGGGAAAUGGCUACACAGAGGGGGCAGGAGGAGAAUCCAGGUGGGGAAGCCUGUCAGCUGCCUGCAGGGGUGCUGCUGGGUCUGGAGAGGAUGGAGUCCCCUGGAGGAGAGAGUUCAGGGGAGAGAAGGGGUCCUUGGGAGGGGGGAGGUGGGUCCCUGUACCAUCAGGACCCAGGUCCUUCCUGGUAGAAGGGGAGGGGCUGCCUCAGAUUCCAGUGGAAGAAAGAAUUUGA